GGAGAGGGAGGAGCAGAGGAGCAGAGGAGAGGCAGGGCGCUCAGUCUGUUUGCUCACAGGAGGAAUCAGCAGCAGGACAAUGGACUGUCUCCACCACGGAUCCUAACGGGCACCGGGCUGUUUCAGCGGAAUAUAAGGGGGUGAAUGUCAGACAGCUCCAGGAUGCUGCAGUCCUCAUCCCUGCUAACCUGCUGUUCACCAGGGGGCAUCUGAUUUACCAAACAUGAUGAAGACUGAGCCUCCAUCGGCCUCGGGGGGCAAUGGGACCUCUGGUGGCAGCAGUGGGGGAAGCGGGAGCUCGAACCUGCGGAGUCCAUCGCCCCACCGCAAUGCCUAUGAGGCGGGGCUGGCGGCGCUCAAAAAAGCCACUGACCACCUCAACAAUGCUGCCAACGGAGGCUCUGACCCUGCCGCAAAGCCCGCUCCUCUGCCCCGCCCAACCGGUAGGGGCCGGAAAUAUGGAUCAAAUGUUCACCGCAUCAAGAACAUGUUCAUGCAGAUGCAGUCUCCUGGCGAUGAGGAGGAUGGAGCCAAAAUUAUUGGUAAAGAGCAGGCUGUGAAACUGUCCCUGCCGAGGGCAUCCAGCCUCAAUGAGAACGUCGACCACAGCGCCCUGCUCAAACUUGGGGCCACAGUCUCCGAGAGGGUCAACCGUUUCGACACUAAACCCGGUGGGGAGGGUGGAGGCUCCUCUGUGGGCUUCUCCAAGCUCCAGGAGACCAGGAGGAUCUUUGAACAGCGGACUCUGCAGGAGAAGCAAGCUGCCACCAACCGGAUCUUGCUGAAGAAGGAGCGGGCAUCAGGCUUCCAGGACAGUCGUCUAGAUGUUGUGGCUCGCUUUAAUGGCUCCACUGAGGCUUUGGACCGGCUGGAUGAUCCCCCCAUUCCUGCUCCCGCUCCCACUCCUGCUCCCGCUAUUGUUCCCGCUGCCGCAGCUUCAGUCAGGCCUGGUGAAGCUGUCAGCCCCACGGUGAGCCAGCUCAGUGCUGUGUUUGAGAAGGGUGAACCGCAAAACAAUCUCUACCUCCCCCAACGUCGGUCAGGCCCUGCCCUAGCACCAAAGCCCAAACCUCCGGCCAGAGCGGAGGCUGGUGGAAGGAAGGCCAAAGUGCUACCUCCCGGUAAGGAGGACCGUGAGGAGGUGGCAGCAGGAGUUGUGAGCACCCAGGCAUCAGAGCUACCAGAGACAGGUUCUCUACAGAGGAGCAUAGGAGGAGCCAGCGAGGAGAAGGAGGGGUCAGGACAGUCAGGAGACCAGCUCUCCAACUCCUCCCACUCCUCAUUGUCCUCAGUGGCUGUCACUUCCUCCUCUUCCUCUUCGGAGGUCAAACCAGAGUCGGAGGCCCAGCCAACAGUAACUGAAGCCAGGGGCUCAAGUACAGCGGCCCCAGAGCGGGGGCCACAAGAUGAUAAACAGGACGGCUCCACCGGGGGGUCUGAGGCUGGAGCCAGGCUGGUGCAGGCUGAUGUUCACGCCUCGCUGGAAAAUGGAGAAAAAGAGCCUCCAGGUUCCUCCCCCUCCUCAGACGAGAAAGAAGCAGACUCCGAGAGGAGAG